AUGUCCAUCUCAUUAAAAGAUACACAUCCGAUCAACCCAUACAGCGAGAGAGGCAGUGCUACGAAGCUCGCAGUCGAUGCAAAGGGUGAGAAGCUUGUAUACGCUAACGGUAGAUCUGUUAUCAUACGCGAUUUAAAGAACCCUUCAAAAUCAUUCGUAUACCAGGGGCACAUACAGCCAGUCACAGUAGCCCGUAUUUCUCCAUCUGGUUUCUACUGCGCUUCUGGAGACGUCACCGGUACUGUACGCGUCUGGGAUAUCGUCGGUGAAGACAAAGUAUUGAAAUCUGAAGUGAAAGUAACUUCAGGUAGAAUCAACGAUCUCGAUUGGGAUGGUGAUUCUCAACGUAUUAUUGCAAUUGGUGAGGGUAGAGAUAGCUUUGGUAGAGCAUUUAUGAUGGACAGCGGUACAAAUUGCGGUGAAAUUACAGGCCACUCAAAGCCAGGAAAUGCCGUAGCAAUACGCAACAAGCGUCCAUUCAGAGCUGUCACUGCAUCUGACGACUCUACGUUGGUAUUCUACCAUGGCACACCUUACAAAUUCGUCAAGACAAUCAAAAAGCAUACAAAGUUUGUUCAAGAUGUUAGAUUCUCCCCAGACGAUUCCAAAUUCGUUAGUGUCGGUUCAGAUGGCUCAUUGUUUGUCUUUGAUGCUUCAUCGGGUGAUAUCAUACACGAAUCACUGAAGGCCCACUCAGGUUCAAUCUACGGCGUUGCUUGGGCCAGCGACUCCAGCAAGUUUGUAACAACCUCAGCCGACAGGUACGUCAAAGUAUGGUGCGCAAACACUUACAACGAGCUCCUCUCAUAUGAAAUUGGCCAAGGAAUUGAUAACCAACAAGUCGGUGUAGUCUGGCCAGCAAAUUCCGAAAAGGUCAUUUCAUUGGGUGUCAAUGGAACGCUUAACGAGAUCGACGUCAGCAAUAAAGAUAGUAUCACCAAGGGAGAAAUUCACGGUGCCACGCGUGCAAUUACAGCAUUUGCGCAAACUGAAUCAUCUUUAAUUAGUGGUUCAUUUGACGGUAACCUUCGCUCAUUCACUAAAGAGGGAGGAGAAUGUAAGCCUAUUGAGGGCGGCUCAGGUAAAUCAGUCACAAAAUUGUUCACCAAGGGCAUUUCCAAAGACAUUGGUGCACUUACGGUCGGAUUUGACGACAAACUUCGCGCUGUUGAUACAGCUUUGUCAAACACUACCACGCUUAGUGUCCCACUCUCUGCCUUUGCUAAGGGUCUGGCAGCAGACGAAAACUACGCUUUGGUAACCUGCAUUAACGACACAAUUGAUAUCGUUGAGUACAAGCAAGGUGGUGAGGCUCCAAAGAAGUCCACAACUGUUAAGUACACACCAAGUGCAAUAACCCUUGACAAGGAUUUAGUUGCAGUUGGUGACGAAACAGGUAAAGUUCAUCUUCUUGAGUUCACCAAUGGUGUUUUAGGUAAAGAAACCAAAACACUCGAAAGAGGUAGAUCUGAAAUCACAGCUAUCUCUUUUUCACCUAGUGGUGAAUUCAUUGCUGUUGGAGAGAACAAUGGCAAGAUAACCGUCUAUGAUCGCGCUGGCGAGGUCAAGACUAGCUCAUGGGCAUUCCACACAGCUAGAAUUACUUCUAUUGAAUGGACAGCAGACUCCCAAGUGGCAAUGACCACAUCUCUUGAUACUAACAUCUACUUCUACUCAAUCGAGAAGCCUUCACGCAAUAUUUCAAUUAAGAACGUAGCAGCAGGCGGUCUCAUCGGUGGAGUAUGGACAUCAGAUGCUAAAUCGAUAGCUGUGGCAGGAGCCGACGGCAAUAUCCGCACUUACGACGUCGACCUCAAAGAUCUCAAAUAA